AUGUCUUGUAAACCUUCAGUGUGUUGUGUGGUAGCAUGCUUGAUGCCUGGGUAUGGUAUUGGGUACCAGGGCUCUCUUCCCUGGAGACUAUCCAAAGAGAUGAAAUAUUUUCGACAGUUGACCUCCGCUACAAGGGAUUCCUCGAUGCGUAACGCUGUGGUAAUGGGUAGAAAGACUUGGGAAUCGAUUCCUGCGAAAUUUCGACCAUUGCCGAAUAGGUUGAACGUCGUGGUCUCCAGGAAUUGCCAGCUCGAUAUCAAUGACGAACAGACACAAUUUACAAAGUCACGUGUCGGUGAUGAUGAUGAUGAUGAUGGUGGUGAUGACGCGACUCUUUACGCAGGAGAUCUUUCUCGAGCCAUAGACCAAUUGAUUGCUAAUAGUAAAAUUCUGGGGCUGGAAACGAUAUACAUUAUCGGUGGUGGUGAUAUAUAUCGUCAGUGUAUCCCAAUGUCGCAUAACUUGUUUAUUACUAAGAUUGUGCCUGAUUUAGGAAUGCCCGUCCCACCUAUGGAUACUUUCCUAGAUAGAGAACAGAUCGAAUCUCAAUUCAAAGAGCAGCCUCACCACAAGCUACAGGAAAUAGUGCCGAAAGAAGUAUCGUUACCGCAGUUCUCGGCUGAUUCCAGUUCAGCACCAACGAUAUCCGAAAAGGGUUUCACAUAUUCUUUUACUUUAUGGUCACGUGAUACACAGUAG